GUAAAAUCCAAGUUGGGAGGAGAUGAUAACCCAUAUCUCACAGUUCAAAACCACAUAUGCCACGACCGGGACUCCGUCCCCGAUCAGCGGCUCCUGUCGUGGAGACAGUUUGUCCCAUCGCUACCGUAUUUGGAAAGCAAACAAAGGUGCGCCCGACAAAGAAGCGACCCGCGGUUAAGCAUGUUCCGAUUCGCUACGAUCUCCAAGAGAUUGCUCUGGAAACGGUAAAGGCAGAAAUCAAAGAGGAGGCGUCAAGGUCCGAUAAAGGCGAAUGGCAAGAUGUGUGGACUAGCAUUGAAGCGUAUAGGAAGCGGGUGGAGGCACCUGUAGAUACCUGCGGGUGUGCCGUCCUCGGCAGAAAAGAAUUUGGUGACAAGGUGUAUCGUUUUGAGACACUUGUAUCGCUUAUUCUCUCGGCUCAAACACCCGACUUGAAACUGGCUCCCACCAUGAGACUGCUCCAAUCCCACACACCUGAAGGCAUGACCCCGAAUGCCCUAUUAGCGAUGGAUCCUGAACUGAUUAAAAGCUGUCUGGCGACAAUCGGAAUGCAAAACCAGAAAACAAAAUCUCUGCUGGCAACGAGUAGAGUUUUGCACGAGCGAUAUGACGGCGAUAUCCCUCCUACCUGGGAAGAGCUACUCGCCCUUCCUGGGGUUGGCCCUAAAAUAGCCGCAUUGACCAUGUCGAUAGCAUGGAACAAAGAUGUUGCAAUUGCCGUCGACACGCAUGUUCACCGCAUCAGUAAUCGUCUAGGUUGGGUCCGGACGAAGAACCCGGAAGCCACCAGACAAAGUCUUGAGCGGUGGCUUCCAAAAGAGUACUGGGGCCCAAUCAAUCCUCUGCUAGUCGGGUUCGGGCAAACAUUGUGUCGCGCCCAGAAACCAGGUUGUGCAGAGUGUCCUGCUGCAAUGUUGUGCCCGAAGAUUGGAACCAAGAAGGCUCAGCACUAACUGAACGGCUUAAAGCCAUAACCAUUGAUACUCUGAUACCGGUUUCUUCCACAAUGGACAGAGAUUCAGCGGGUUGGUCGUUCAAGUGGACGCAGCAAAGGAAGGGAUAAAGUUUACCUCCUGAUGCAUCUGCCAGCGGGAGCAGGCGAUCAUGAACCACCAUCAACCGACCCGUUAACUCUCUCUGUGGAUUCAAUUAGAAUGUGGGAAGAGUGCAACGCACUAUCCGUGCAUUUUCAAUCUUUGAACCCAAGGUAGAAUAGGGUAAUUGAAAGCUGGAACAUGUAGUUAGCGCUUUGAACGAGACAAGUAGUGAUCUUGUCGGCAGAAGUACAAAAUUUUCACAACGAGCAUGUGUCAUAAUUUCUAUUUACAACUCUGUGUUUACAACUCCAAUACUACUAAACAUUUAUACAUUAAA